CCCUCGCCCCAAAAACCCUAAUAAAAACCCCUUUAUUUCGGCGUCCUCUCUCUCUCUCUCUCUCUCUCUCUCUCUCUCUAGGGUUGUAGGGUUUUGGGGGCGAGGUAAGGGGGGGACGAAGAAGAAGAUGAACUUUAAGAACGUGAAGCCCCCGAAGGUCCCGCUGGUCGGCGGCGCCGCCGUGUACGCCGCCCUCAACAGCCUCUACAACGUCGAAGGUGGCCACCGCGCCAUCGUCUUCAACCGCAUCCAGGGCAUCAAGGACAAGGUUUACCCUGAAGGAACGCAUUUGAUGAUUCCAUGGUUUGAGAGGCCUAUAAUUUAUGAUGUCCGUGCUACACCCCAUAUUGUGGAUAGUACGUCAGAAAGUCACCAUCUUCAGAUAGUAAAAAUUGGUCUUCGGGUUCUUACGCGGCCUCUGCCAGAAAAGCUACCAACGAUAUACCGAACCCUUGGGGAGAACUACAAUGAGAGAGUUCUCCCUUCAAUUAUUCAUGAAACGUUGAAGGCUGUGGUUGCACAAUACAAUGCUAGCCAGCUGAUUACACAAAGAGAGACUGUGAGCAGGGAGAUACGGAAGAUUCUGACGGAGAGAGCCCGCAACUUUAAUCUUGCUCUGGAUGAUGUGUCCAUCACGAGCCUCAGCUUCGGGAAGGAGUUCACUCAUGCAAUUGAAGCUAAACAGGUUGCUGCACAAGAGGCUGAGCGUGCCAAGUUCAUUGUCGAAAAGGCAGAGCAAGACAAGAAAAGUGCAAUCAUCAGAGCUCAGGGUGAAGCGAAGAGUGCGGAGCUUAUUGGUCAAGCAAUUGCAAGCAACCCUGCUUUUCUCGCACUAAGGCAGAUCGAAGCUGCAAGGGAAAUAGCUCACACGAUCUCAAACUCGUCGAACAAGGUGUUCUUGAACUCCGACGAGCUAUUGUUGAACCUUCAGCAGAUUAAUGUGUCGAAUGCCGGCAAACAGAAGAAGUGAUGAGUUUUUUUUAGUUAAUGCGGAAUUAGAAGGAAACUUUGCAGUGGGAUGUGCUUUUUUUUUUUUUAAUUUGGGGAGAUUUUAAUCAUUUCUCAUUCUGAGGGAGAUCCCGUAUGCAAGUGAAUUUUGUUUAAUUCAAAAUUUGAACACAAACUUGAAAACUAUCAUAUUUUGGCUGCAUGCAUGCCGAAAUUUCUGCAAUUAUUUAAUGCGAUUUUCUGGUACAAGACACCUAUUAUAACUUUUUAUAAGAUGCUCACGUACUCUUUCUUUA